UAUUGAAAGUAAUCAAUGAAAAUGAGACAAUUUAAAACUGUAACCAAAUCAAUUGACGAAACUAAUGUAACAACAAUUGAUUUCAUUUCCAUGAUUGAUGAUUAGAAUACAAUAAGAUCAAUUAAACUUUCGUCUUCUAAUUAAACUAAUUAAGGAUGAAAUUGAUUCGUAUCAUUGUCGAGUUGAUUAGAGUUAACUCUUGACUCUUUCAACUAAUUCCUUUUCUCUUGGUAACCAAAACUUACCCUCAACAAUUAACAGAAUAUCAAAUUGUCGUUGAUUAUAUUAGAUCGAAACUAAUCUGGUAAAUUGAUUAAUAUCUAACCCAAGAAUUAGCAGAUAAACAAUCAAAGACGAAAAGUGAUUAGUGUUUAGGUUUUUUCUUUGUUUAUUUUGUUUCUCGCUGCUUGUUCACAGAAACCAAACUGAUCUUUUUCCUUGGGGCAUAACAACCGAUGCGUUUUUGUUUCUUUUUGGUUCCAUUGUUUUUGUCUCUUUUUUUUCUUCAAUUAAUUUUCCCUUUUUAAUUAAUUUCUCAUCAGUUAAUUGUGGACAAUCAAGAUGCCUGGAACUUGCCCGAGAUGUGAGAAGACUGUUUAUUUCAACGAGGAGAAAAUGGCGAUUGGCAAAUCAUUUCAUAAAUCAUGUUUUUCUUGUGCAAAUAAAUCAUGUAAUCGUAAGCUCGACAGUGGGAAUUUAACGACUCAUGAUAACGAUUUGUACUGUAAGGUUUGUUAUGGAAGGUUAUUUGGACCCAAAGGUUAUGGUCAUGGAGCUGCUACGGUUUUCCUUACAAUGGAUUCUAAUACCAAUGGAAAUGGAAAUGGAAAUGGAAAUGGCCUGACAAAGGACAAAGGGUCAUCUUCUUGUGAUGAUAAUCCUCAAGUUGAGCCACACGUUAAACCAGAACUUAAGCCACAAACCAAUGGAGGAUCGAAUGUUACAAAUGGAAACGGAAAUGGAUUAACCAAAAACAACCGAUCAUCUCCUUUACCAACCGUCAAAAAGGUCAACAUGACCUUUGACAAUUUCGGUAAUCGUAUCGAUAUAUGUCCAAGAUGCAACAAACAGGUUUACUUGGCUGAGAAAAUGAUGGGAGGUGGAAAGGCUUGGCACAAAAUGUCGUGUUUCAAUUGCGCUGAAUGUCAUAAAAGACUCGAAUCAACAACACUCUGUGAGAAAGAAGGGGAAAUCUACUGUAAAACUUGUUAUGCUAAGCAAUGGGGACCUUCAGGUUAUGGUCAUGGUAUUAAUCCUGGUGUUCGUAAGGUCGAUUAAUCGAUUGAUCCACUGAUUGUCCAAGACCAAUGUGCUUAAUCAUUCAAUCAAAUCAUCUCGACGCACGAAAGAAAUUAAAUUGUGAUUACCACUUCAAUUUGUUUUCCAAAGUAACACAUCCACGAAUCUGAUUAGAACCAUUUUUCCAAACAAUUAUCAUUCCUUGGAGAUCAUCAUUUUACUUGAUUAAUUAAUUCCAAUGAUUUAAAUAACAACAGCUCAACUAUUUAAUUUAAUGUGACGAUUGAAAAAAGUUUUUCAAUGAGAAAGAAAUUUAUUUAAAAAAAAGCCAUAGAGCUCUUGUAAUUAGUAAAUUGUGAUUAAUUUUAGUUGAUUGCAAUGAGAUUAUCUUCAAGUGUUCACUUAGAUUGUUGCAUUAGUUAACUAACUUCAAUAGUUAAAUUGGACUUGAAAAAUAUUGAAAGAUAUCAAAAGUUUGAGACAAUCAAAUGAUCAAGAAUCGUGAACAACUAAUGUUAACAAAGGCCUAAAGAUUUGAAAAAAUUGUAACAAUUAAUAUUUUGUUUGGAAACAAUAAAAAUCACCUUAGGAUAA